AUGAAUGCUAGUGGCCCAGGAUAUCCUCUAGCCUCUCUCUAUGUGGGUGACCUGCAUCCAGAUGUUACUGAAGCCAUGUUGUUCGAGAAGUUUUCACCUGCUGGGCCCAUCAUGUCCAUCAGAGUUUGUCGAGAUGUUGCCACACGACGAUCUCUGGGUUAUGCUUACAUAAAUUAUCAACAGCCUGCUGAUGCUGAACGGGCCUUGGACACCAUGAAUUUUGAAGUUAUAAAAGGUCGGCCCAUUCGUAUCAUGUGGUCCCAGCGAGAUCCCGGACUCAGGAAAUCAGGUGUUGGGAAUAUUUUCAUCAAGAAUCUGGAUGAUUCCAUUGAUAACAAAGCCUUAUAUGAUACAUUCUCAGCUUUUGGAAAUAUUCUUUCUUGCAAAGUUGUUUGUGAUGAGAAUGGAUCUAGGGGCUACGGCUUCGUCCAUUUUGAGACUCACGAGGCAGCAAACAGAGCAAUUGAUACAAUGAAUGGAAUGCUGCUAAAUGAUAGCAAGGUAUUUGUUGGCCACUUUAAGUCCCGCCGAGAGCGUGAAGCAGAAUAUGGAGCCAAAGCAAUGGAAUUUACUAAUGUCUACAUCAAAAACUUUGGAGAGGACAUGACUGAUGAGAGGCUGCAAGAAAUAUUCUCAAAAUUUGGAAAGACCUUGAGUGUCAAGGUCAUGAUAGAUAAUACAGGCCGCUCAAAAGGAUUUGGUUUUGUCAAUUUUGAGAAGCAUCAAGAUGCUCGGAAGGCUGUUGAGCACAUGGAUGGAAGCGAGAUCAAUGGCCGAACAAUAUUUGUUGGCAGAGCCCAAAAGAGGAUUGAACGACAAAAUGAACUGAAGCGUAAAUUUGAGCAACUCAAGCAGGAAAGAAUGAGCCGAUAUCAGGGAGUAAACUUGUAUGUAAAGAACCUGGAUGAUGGUAUUGGUGAUGAGCAGUUAAGAAAAGAAUUCUCACCCUAUGGAACCAUCACAAGUGCCAAGGUAAUGACAGAUGGCGGACACAGCAAAGGUUUUGGGUUUGUAUGUUUUUCUUCUCCAGAAGAAGCGACAAAGGCUGUGACUGAAAUGAAUGGACGCAUCGUCAGCACUAAGCCUUUGUAUGUUGCCCUUGCCCAACGGAAAGAGGAGCGAAAAGCCAUUCUCACCAACCAAUACAUGCAGAGAUUGGCCACCAUGAGGGCCUUUCCUGGUCCCUUCCUAUAUUCUUUCCAACCGCCUGCAGGCUACUUCCUGCCCCCAAUUCCACAGCCACAAACUAGAACUACUUUCUACAGUCCUAGCCCAGUUGCCCCGGUCCGCCCAGCCCCUCGCUGGAACACUCAGUCCUCCAGGCCUCCUUGUGAGUUGAAAUGUUAUUAACCAGAAAAUAUGUGUGAGAAUGUAAGGAAAUGAGAUUGCCCAUGUGUGAAGUUCUUCCUUUAAUGCCAUGGUGUAGGACUAAGAC